CUGCGGCCCUAGCAACGAGGGCAGUGCAGGGCGAAGGGCAGCGCGGAGGGGCGCUCAGUACAGUCCUCCGCCUCUCCCACCAUGGCCGGAGCAGCGGCAGCACCGGUGGUCGUGGUGGGGUCUUGCAUGACGGACCUGGUCAGCCUUACCGCUCGCCUGCCAAAACCCGGAGAAACCAUCCACGGACAUAAGUUUUUUAUUGGCUUUGGUGGGAAGGGAGCCAAUCAGUGUGUCCAAGCUGCUCGGCUUGGGGCCGAGACUUCCAUGGUCUGCAAGGUUGGGAAGGAUUCUUUUGGCAAUGAUUAUUUAGAAAACUUCAAACAGAAUGGUAUUUCUACAGAAUUUGCACAUCAGACCAAGGAUGCCUCUACGGGAACAGCUUCAAUACUUGUCAAUAAUGAAGGACAGAAUGUUAUCGUCAUAGUGGCUGGAGCCAAUUUGCUUUUGGAUUUCCAAGACCUGAAGAAGGCAGCUGAUGUUAUUAGCAAAGCCAAAGUAAUGGUCUGUCAGCUCGAAAUUGCACCAGCUACUUCUCUGGAAGCCCUGAAGAUGGCCCGUGCCAGUGGAGUAAAGACGUUAUUUAAUCCAGCUCCUGCCAUUGCCGACCUCGAUCCACAAUUCUACACCCUUUCAGAUGUGUUCUGUUGCAAUGAAACUGAGACGGAGAUUUUAACUGGACUCCAGGUCGGCAGCCCUACGGACGCUGGGAAGGCGGGGUCCGUGCUUUUAGAAAGGGGCUGCAGAGUGGUCAUUAUCACCAUGGGAGCUGAAGGGUGUGUGUUGGUGUCUGGGGAAGAUCCAGUCCCAAAGCAUAUUCCCACUGAGAAAGUCAUCAAGCCUGUGGAUACCACGGGGGCUGGAGAUAGCUUCGUGGGCGCUCUGGCUUUCUACCUGGCAUACCAUCCUAACCUAUCCGUGGAAGAAAUGAUUCAGCGAGAUCCAAUUUUAUUGCAUCAGUGAGUGUCCAGUCUUCGGGAACUCAGAGUUCUUAUCCCUUCAAAAAGGACCUACCGCAUAAUCUGUUUUAAUUCAGUAAUGGUUUAUGAGUAUACAGUUUGAUUACGAAUGGGGAAAUUAAGAGAUGCCUCAUGUACCUCAAACACUGUAAUUUGCCUUUUUAGAUUUAUGAAACUUGGUCUUUAUUUUUGUCAAUAAUCAUGCUUUGCAAUAAGACGACCUUUCAAAUCUAUCUUAGGGUGAUUGGUCCCUGGGCAUACAACACUUAUUUUUACGUUGGCUCAGCUGAGGACAUUAGGUAAGGUUUUUUCCGUCCUAUCCCUGUUUCACACUGCUCCAAACCCCAAGUGGAAUUUUUGUUUUUAUAAAAUGUAAGUCUUUUCGGUGGCCAGAAUGAUUCCUUACAGUCACAACAAAAAGGAAGCUCAACUAAUCGAUAAAAUGUAUUUAAACCCUCUCCCCUCACUUCAGAAUAUAUUCCACAGCCCUUCUCUCCACCGUUAAAAAAAAAAAAAAAAAAAAAAAAAUCUCCCAGGUAAAUGGGGAAACAGCAGGAGCGAAAUGCCCCUCAGCUGGGAAAGGAGGCCGUGGGAGAGAGGAAGGAGAAGCCUCUUGCAGAGGGGUGUCAAAGUAGAAGAGUUCUGAAAGGAUCCCGUGGGCCAAAUCUGGAAACACUCUUCACCGAUCCCAAAACUGAAACAUUGGCCCUCUUCAGUCUGAAGUCGUACACAUUGCACUCCGGUCCUCACCACGCCUCAGCCAUAGAACGGAGUGGUUAUUUUUAGGCCUGGCUCCAAAAUAGAGCUGAGGCAGCAGUGCCACAAACCUCUCAGAUGCCCUGAUUGCCAACAGUUCAGCCCCUGGACCCACAAAAGCAGCUCUGAAUUUCAUCCCAGAGGCUGGGCUGCCUUGGCCCACGGUGCCCGACUGACUUCACGCCUGUGACCGGAUUUCUUUUUCGGCUGUUCGUAGCCCUAGCUCUCUAAUCAAGUGCCUUGGUUUGAGGAAUGAAGAAAUUCUUGAGGAAGACCUUAUUACUCACUUGAAAACGCAAAUCUUCUAGUGGGAAAAUAGCUCAACCCUACCCUCUCGCUCGGCCAUCCCGAAAUCAGUCCGAAAUGGGGAAGGUUGAAGCAGCAGGACGUGAAGUAUUGUAGGACUGCGGAGUUGCUUAACACAGUCCUGGUUUGAUUAAAGUGAAACGCAGGAGUGGUGAAGCUGGAAAAGUCUGCCUCUCUAGACUUCCAAGUGAGAUUUCUCAAACACGUCUCCAGAGACGAGGGCAAAGCUGGUGAAAGAAGGCUGAAGGGCUCCCUUCUGCCCCAGCCUGACGUUCCCGAAGUUAGCUGGGAGGACAGGAUGAGACCGAGGUUCAGAAUAAAGCCAACUGGACUGGUUUCUCCUUAAUAGUACCUACAGAGCACUUACCGUGUGCGGAGCACUGUACUAAGCACUUGGGAGAGCCGGUAGACCCAUUACUGCCCGUCAUGAGCUUACGGUCUAGAGGGGGAGAAAGACAUUAAUGUAAGUAAUGGCUAUGUACAUGAGGGUGACACAGAAGGGAGUGAGAGAAGAGGAAAUGAGGAAAGGGAAUUUCUACUCCACUCCCAAGUCCCGGCUCCUGCCCCGGGAGCCAGCAACCACAGGAUCAGCAGUAUCGUCGUCAUUCGGUAUCCAAAGGACCACUCUGCAAGGUUACUUCUUCCUCCUGGGUGAGGACAACCCUCGUGCCAAACCUCUGGACGUGGAACGUUUCCCUCUCUGUUUAGAACACGAAACAAUGGUCAGAUUUUUCUGAACAGUACGGUUGUUUAAAAAAGAAGUGGAAAAUAACACCACCGAAACAAUAGUCUUGGCUAUUUUAAAAUUUUUAUUGCGGGUUAUUAAAAUAACCUGAAAGAUAAAUAAAUGUUUGAUGCAAUGAUAAA